UAAUAAAUGCUGAAAUAAUACGAAUAUACCUUUCAAAUGUAUAGGAAGGUUGGGUUGGAUUAGGUUGGAUGAGUAGCAUGUGCGAAGCAACAAACAUCUGAUGCACGUGACAAGUGUUGAUGGUUAUCGGAUUGAAACGAAAACAUGUCGUUAUUUGAAAAAGUUUCUCUCGCAAAUGUUGCAUAUGGUUAAGCCAAGUCCGAUUCAAUCCGACUUUCGGGUAAUUGAGAUUCGAAGUCACGUGCACGCAGGAAAGUGGAAGAAGAAGAAAAAGAAUGUCGAAUGUGAUCGUGCUAAGUGAUUCGGACGAACCCGCGUCGCCCGUUAUUGGCAAGUGCAACGGGAAUGGAUUUGAAAUUAACGAAGAACAUCGUUUCAAUAUUACAAAUGACUUCGACUUUCCGGAGGUACCGUUCUGUCGCGAUAUUGCAGAAAAUUCGGCGUCGCAAAGCGAAGAGGAUCUUUCCAAUUUGAAUACAAACAAUGGCUACAAAUAUCGUGGAUCGUCCACAAAGCAUACCGUGUCCGAUUCUCACGACUCAGAAGACAAUCGGAUUGAAAAGACUUCGCGAAAAGCGACUGCAUCUAAAAAAGAUAAAAUGACGUUGAAGGAGGAACGAUUGAAACGUCAGCAAGAGCGGGCGAGAGAGAAGGCGUUGAAGGCGAUCGAGAAGAAAAAAUCUAAAGAUAUAAAGCCCGGAGAAUGUUUGAAAUUUAUGGAAGUUAAUCUUGAUCGAAAUAUCGAUAUAUUUGCCUUUCGUACAGAAAUUGAAAGCGUAUUGCAAAGUGCUGAUAUUAAAAUUAACGUAACUACUGAGUUAAUUCCGAACAGUAUUACAUGGCAGAGGAAUAUCGAAAAGAAUUAUGUCGGCGAAGAUAAUGAAGUGCAUACAAACAAAAGUAUACAGCCGGAAGAAUAUAUUAUCGUGAUCUGGAGCAAUUACGAAGCAGUAAAACACGUGGCGGAAGGUACUUUCUGCGCUUCCGUCGCGUGCAAUAAAUCUUUGAUACCAAAUUACAAUAUGACUCUGGUUAUCUUUGGCAUGGAAGAGUAUUUUACAUAUCGGAAGAAACAGAAAACAGAUCAGAGUUCUAAAAGUAAAGGAUCGAGACUCAACAGCAAAAAUAAUGAGCAUUUUAAAACAUUUCCAAUUAUAUCGAGACAGCAGCUGGAGAUGUGCCUGACCGAAAUUCAGUUAGUAGUCAAAUGUAACAGUAGAUUAAUUGAGAACGCGCAGGAUCUAAGUUUAAUGGUAUACCAGUAUACAAAAUCUAUUUCGGAAAUACCGUAUAAAUUGCAGAAGAGAGAAAGUCAGGAAGAUAAAUUUGAUUGGUAUGUUAUGGGAGACAAUAAGAACACUGUGCGUGUAGAUAAAGAUGGAAAUGGAUUGAAGAGAUUGUGGCAACAGCAGUUGUGUCAAUUUAAUUUAAGUAGCUUGGAAACAUCAGAAGCAAUAUGUGCAGUUUAUCCUAGUCCAAUGCAACUGAUCAAGGCUUAUAGAAAUUGUACACCUGAUGAAGGUAUGAAUUUAUUGAAAGAUAUACCGAUUAGAAGAGCAAUGGGACCUCUCACAGCUGUACGUAAAAUCGGUCCCGAAUUAAGCAAAAAGAUAUAUGUGAUGUUUACGUCGCAAAACGGGCACACUCUAUUAGGGACUGAGAUAUAGAUACCACUAUUAAUGCUAAUAAGGUAUUGAAGAACAGAUAGAAAUUUAACUAAGAGGAUUUCUAUCUUACUCAAAAUAAAAGAUUCCAGCAAAGAGAGUGUGUUAAGCAGUUCUUUAACAAAAUACAUUUGGGCCCUAUUAUUGUGAAUGUUUGCCGUUGUCCAAAACCUGAUAUAUAAAUAAAGGCAUUAAUUAAACGUUCCAAAACCGAUUGUUUGCUCACACAUCUAAAAUUGAUUAAUAAUUAAUAUCUAAUUCAAUGGAAGGGAAUAUAAGGUUGGGAAUUAAACAAAUUCCAAUUAUAUAUAUAUCACAAAAAAAUAUUUAUUGAAUACAAAAUAAAAAGCAACCUGAUAUUGUAUCUACAAUAUUCUUUUUUAAUACGUACUUAAAGAUCCAUGAUGAUGCUUAUCGCUCAUCCACAAGUGUUAAUAGCAUUGUAAGACAAUAUCAUCUGCAUAUAUGUCUAAGUUUACUAACUAUUUACAUUCACGUUACCGAUUAAGAGAUAGAUUGAAAAUCCCCUUAGUUCCAUCCAUGUAUUUGAAAUUUUUUAUCUAAAGAUAAUUAAAUAAUUGAAAGUAAUAGAAGCACAUGGUUUCGUUAAACACUUCUACUUACUUAAGCUAGAAAAUUAAAGAAAAUAUAUGUACAAUAAGGAAGGAAGAGAGGUUCUAUCAAGUAAAAUAAGUCUAGUAUCAAAUUAACAUUAAGCAGCUUUAGGAAAUAGGAUAUUUUGGUUUUACAUAGGGAAAAAUCACAAAUAUGAAUUGACAACAAAUGCUUAUAAAUUAAUUGCCUGUAUUAUAAAUUUGGUAUUUACUAUUAUGUGAUAUAUUUUUCUUAUAAUUAAAUAGACUAAUAUGCUAAAAUUCAUUUUUUUUUAAAUAUAUAUGCAAUAAUAUUAUAUUUAAUAAUUUAUUUUAAUAGAAAAGUUAUAUGAUUCCUAAUAUAGUUUAAAAUCUAUAUAUAUAUAUAUAUAUAUAUAUAUAUAUAUAUAUAUAUA